AUGGGGUACAAGAUUGUCAGCCUAUGGAUGUUUUACAUGGUGCUUUCGUAUUCAAGUGCCUAUGAAGUAUAUACAGGAUUGUUACAAAAUCACAUUAAUACAAUAUGCAGUACAUGGGGCUACUACCAUUAUAAGACCUUUGACAAUGAAAUAUACCAGUUCCAAGGUGAUUGUACCUACAAUUUGGUCUCAGAUUGUCAAGAAUCCUAUCAAGAGUUUUCUGUGUACCUCAAACGUUCCAUAGUCAAAGGGAAUCCUCGUAUUCACAAAAUCAUCAUCAGCAUCAAGGAUAUGAUAAUCAUACUGAAUGAAAAAAACGUGAUUGUGAAUGACAUAAUUGUCAAAGUACCUUACUAUAAUUAUGGAAUUCUCAUCUACCAUAAUGCAGUCUAUACAAUUGUGCAAAGCAAAUUGGGACUCAAUGUUUAUUUUAACCAAGAAGAUGCUAUUAUGCUGGAGGUAGAUCCCAAGUAUAAAAACAAGACAUGUGGUUUAUGUGGAGAUUAUAAUGGAAUUUCCAGAUAUGACCAGUAUGUAAUUCUAAAAGAUAUAACAUUGUAUCCUAUUGAAUUUGGAAAUUUGCCAGUAAUACAAAACACAGAUGAGGAAUGUUGGAGUGAGGAGCCACAAGAUACAUCCGAUUGCUCUCAGUAUAUUCCAGUAUGUAGUCAGCACCUGAACAAUCCUGCAUUUUCCAACUGCAGCAACACCCACCUGAAUCUAAAACCCUAUAUCCAAGCCUGCAUGCUGGACAUGUGCUCCUGUGGCCAAGACCAAGACUCCUUCUGUCUCUGCAGCACAAUAACAGAGUAUUCCAAACAAUGUGCCCAUUCUGGGGGUCAUCCUAAUAACUGGAGAACUGACAACUUUUGUCACAGGACAUGUCCUGAGAACAUGAUUUAUAAAGAAAGUAGUUCAAUGUGCAUACACUCCUGCUCUAACCUGGAAAUUCAAACCCCUUGUGAGGAACAUUAUAUGAAUGGCUGUUUUUGUCCUGAAGGUACUGUACAGGAUGAUCAUAACUGGAGGGGCUGUGUGCCAGUGGCUCAAUGCUAUUGCAAAUAUGGAGGAUCAUUGUAUUCCCCAGGGCAAAUAAUGGAAAAUGACUGUGAAAAAUGUACAUGUUUAUCAGGAAGAUGGAACUGCACAGAUGCUCCAUGCCUUGGAGUUUGUGCCAUUGAGGGAGGAGCUUAUUUUACUACAUUUGAUGGGAAAAAGUACACUUUUCACGGGAACUGCUACUAUGUGCUGUCCCAGGGUAGUGACCAUGUUAUCUUAGGAGAAAUGACUCCUUGCAGUGCAAAUGAAAGGGACACCUGUCUGAAAACUGUUAAGCUCCUUACUGACAAUAAGCUUACUAUUGUGACAAUUAAAUCAGAUGGUAGAGUGCUUCUGAAUGACUUGAUAAUAACCUUACCCCAUGCUGCAGCAAGCUUUACAAUUAAGCAACUUACUCAUAAGGACAUUAUAUUGGAAACAACUAUUUAUAAUAUGGAGAUCCGGGUCCAGCUAAUGCCUAUGAUGCAGUUGUAUAUUACAGUUGGACUUUCGGCCAUAGGACAACUAAAAGGACUUUGUGGAAACUUUAACUACAAAGAAACAGAUGACUUCCAAACAUCUGGAGGUCUUGUAGAAGCAACAGCAUCAGCCUUUGCCAACACUUGGAAGGCUCAGCCAGGCUGCCAAGACAAGCCCGACUGGCUGGAUGAUCCAUGUCACAUAAACACAGAAAGAUGUAAGGUUUCUAGCAAAAGCAAUAUUACAUACAGUAUACCUGUAUAUAUAUAUAUAUAUAUAUAUAUAUAUAUAUAUAUAUAUACACCAGGUGGAAUUCUCACUGAAGGAUUAUUUUGCAUAUUAUUGCAGCUGCUGGCUGUGCAGAGCUGGAUAAAAGUUUUAUCAAGCAAUAGUUCAUUUGUCUCUUUGUUUUUAAUAUUGAUUCUCUUAGAUAAAUACGCUGAAUAUUGGUGUUCAUUACUGGAAAAAGCCAACGCGCCCUUUUCCAACUGCCAUCCAAUUGUAGAACCAUCAGAAUAUGCAAAGAGAUGCCGUUACCAUACUUGUAACUGUAAAAAGAGUGAGAUCUGCAUGUGCGCCACUUUGUCCUCGUAUGUCACAGCUUGUGCAAUUAAAGGAAUUAUUUUGAGGGACUGGCGAAAAGGCAUUUGUGAUAAGUACAUUACGGCUUGCACACCAUCGCAGAUCUACCUCUACAGCCUUUCAACAUGCCCAUUAACCUGCCAUUCCCUGACAGAUGGAGAGAAAGAAUGUGUUCCAAAAUCACUUCCUAUUGAUGGCUGUGGUUGCAAAGAUGGAGAGUUCCUGAAUGAGAAUGACGAAUGUGUGCACAUAUCUCAUUGCUCAUGCUACUACAGUGGCACUUACCUUAAGCCCCUUGAAAUUAUCUACAAACAAAACGAGCGUUGCAUUUGCCAUGAUGGAAAGCUUGACUGCAACAGCAACUUUGGAACAAGUAAGAAAAUAUACCAAAUGAAUUUACAUGGAAAGUUCCAGGAUGAAUGUAUCUCAGGGUGUGUAUGUCCCGAGGGCCUUCUGGAUGAUGGACAAGGCAAUUGUGUUGCAGAACACAACUGUCCUUGCGUUCAUAACAAACAGUUUAUACCUCAUGGAACUCAGAUUAAGGUGGAAUGUAAUAUAUGUUUAUGCAAGAGAGGCCAGUGGAUCUGCACUGAAUUUGCUUGCUAUGGAACAUGUACAGCCUAUGCAAAUGGUCAUUACAUCACCUUUGAUGGAAAGCUAUAUGAUUUUCAGGGAAACUGUGAAUACGUUGUGGCCCAGGACUACUGUGGAGAAGACCCUACCAGUGGCAGCUUUAGUAUCACCACAGAGACCAUCCCUUGUGGGACAAGUGGAAUUGCAUGUUCAAAAUCAAUAAGGAUUUUUAUAGGGAAAACAGAACUCAAACUGGAAGAUAAACACAUGCAGGUAAUUCAGGGGUCAUUUGAUGCUAAUCUAGAUUCUAUGGCUCAUGAGGAUGGCAAUUAUCUGGUUAUAUUAAUAAGAAAUGGUGUGUAUCUGAUUUGGGACAAGAAAACAACCAUAUUCGUCAGAGUAUCACCAGAUUACAAGGGAAAGCUUUGUGGUCUAUGUGGAAAUUUUGAUGAUAAAUCCAGUAAUGACUUUACAAUAAACAACAUGUUUCAAGUUGUAAAUGCGCUGGAGUUUGGAAAUAGUUGGAAGGUCAAUCCUACCUGCCCUGAUAUAUAUAAUAAGACCGACCCUUGCAAUCUAACUCCCCACCGGAGAUCUUGGGCAGAGAAACAGUGCAGCUUAAUAAAAAGUGAUGUCUUUAAAAUCUGUCACAGUAAGGUGGAUCCAACACCAUUUUUUGAUGCGUGUGUCAAUGAUGCCUGUUACUGUGAGGUUGAUGGUGACUGUGAUUGUUUCUGUACAUCGGUGGCUGUGUAUGCUCAAGAGUGUACUAAGUCAGAAGCCUGUGUCUACUGGAGAACACCAGACAUAUGUCCAAUAUUCUGUGACUACUACAAUCCCACAGAUGAGUGUCAAUGGCACUAUUACCCAUGCGGCAAUCAUACUGUAAAGACAUGCAAGUCUAUCAACAAUGUUAAUACUAAUGUAACCUUUAAUUACUUAGAAGGUUGCUAUCCAUCAUGCCCUACUAAAAAACCUUAUUUUGACGAAGUACUGAAAAAAUGUGUUGACACGUGUGGAUGCUAUUUGAACAAUACUCGUUAUGAGUAUGGUGAAAAGAGCAGAGAACCGAAGGAGAAUGGGGAAAAAACGGAAUCACGAUGCUACCUGCACAAACCCGUGGCCUCCGAUAAACAGUGCCAAAUCCAAGAUGGUGGUAGCGAACAUGAUCUGGACCUCAGCUCUCUCACAAGCUCCGCAUCUGUGCCACACACACCAGAGAGACAAUCUGACUCUUCUGCAAUGCAGUCUGAAGAUUAUUGCAUAUGUCGGUGGACGGACUGGACCAGUUUAUAUAAUGUGACUAGUGGUUUGGACGGGGGAGAUUAUGAGGAAUUUACUAAAGGAAUUGAUGGUAACAGUUACUGCACGGGAGAAGAGGAUGCUGUGGACAUAUCAUGCAGAGCAAAGCUUUUUCCUUCUACCCCACUGAAAGUUCUGGGACAGAACGUCACAUGUGAUGUCAACACUGGACUUAUCUGCAGAAAUAAUGAACAGAACCCCAUACAACAGUGUCUUGACUAUGAAAUCAAUGUCAAGUGCUGUAGUCUAAUAUGCCCAACAACUGCAACAACUACAACUACUACACUGCCAACUACUACAACAACUACUACACUGCCAACUACUACAACAACUACCAUAGAACCAACUACUACUCGUGAAAGUGUAACAGUAACUUGUACCAUGCCUUUAACAACAACAACUCCUACAGUAUCUUUAUCAACAGAAUGCUACUGCAUGAUUGAUGGGGAGCCCUAUAAACCAGGUAUCAAAAAAAUGCAAUGA